CUGAAUAACCAUAUUAUAAAUCGUAAAAAUUCAAAAUUAGUUUUCAAUUUCAAAACGUUGUAGAUAUUAAUUAUUUUUAAAUCACCAUCAUCAUUCACACCAUCCGUAGAUCUUCGAAAGCUAAUCAAAUACGAGGAGACGCUGGGCAUUAACGCCCAUCAAGAGGACUAUUUCGAAAGGCUCUUCAAACGCACCACGGCCAGCUUUCGCGCCAAAGUCGGAAAGGAGAAUGCUCGCCAUGAACGCACCGACGAAGUAAAAUCAAAACGAUCCGAUGAUCAACAUGUCUUACGACCUCUUAAUCAGGUGGAGCAUGAACAGCAAGCGGAUUCGCGAGCUGUAAUGGCGAAGAAAGGGAAUGAAGGUCAAACGGCACGUACUUUCGAUGCUGGUGACACAUCAAAGCGUUUAAAUCAAAAUCAAAAACGAAAACAACAACAGAAAGAGAAACAGACGGCUAAAAACUUUGUUGGAGAAAAUUUGUCUCGUGAGAAAGCUUGGCAAACUAGUGGGCGCAUACCUUUUGCUGAAUGUAAAGAAAUAAGAGGUCCCGAACCAGAAUCAAGUCAACGUAGCUCGUCGCAUCCAACAACAACUGGAGAUUUUAGUCAAAAGCAGGCUCAAGCCGCAACCAUCACAAGUGCGGCUAGCGAAGGAAAGUCCAAAACAAGCGCGGAAACGAAAAAUGAUGGUGUUACGCAGCGUGUUGCAAGAGUGGAAAGGAAGGCAACAACCAGUCGUGGACGAACUAGAUCGCAGUCACGGGAGCGUGGCGCGCGCGGGCGGAGUCCAAGUGGUGGCAGUUACACUACAGCCAGAUCGAUGGGUGUUAUGAUACCUCGUCAUUGCACAGCAACGCGUCGCCGCCGUCCUUUAAGUAAAGAUCCGGUCGCUUUGUAUCACUACUACCAAAGUGAGUGGAAUUACUUUCGCGACCAAAUUCCUGGCGAGAACUCACAUGCCGAGCUGCGCUGGAUGAUACGUGAGCGUCUGUUGGACCCUAACUAAGAUAAAAAUGACCAAAUUGGUUGUAUGAUAGAACAUCGAGGCAAAAUUAAAUUAACUCAGGGGUCUUGCGACUUCUAGUUUUAUCUAUGAAAACCAAAACUUUUUGACUAAUUUCAAAGUACCAUUUAAUAAAGUUUUAAUAAAAAAA